GAAGCAUCAAAAGAAGGGCAGGGCAAGGUGAGGCAGAGCCAUGGCAAGUGACAGAGAGCUCCUUCGUGUGAUCAAGGACUUAAAGAAUACUAUAAUGGAGUUACACAAAAACUACCAGGAACAGGGGUUACCAGUGACAGAUGGUAGUAGGGAACUGCAACAGUUCUGUGCCCAGCUGGAGUUCCUGUUGCAGUAUGAUUUGAAAGACAAGAGGAACCUCUUUGGGCAGAGAAAAGAUUAUUGGGACUUUCUGAGCCGAGUCCUGACAAGGCUGCACAGCGGAGUACAUGCAGGAAUGCAACACAUCGCCUCCCUGGACAAACUGAAAACAGCCGUGGGGAAGGGCCGUGCUUUCAUUCGUUAUUGCCUGGUCCAUCAGCAGCUGGCUGAGACUUUGCAGCUUUGCUUCAUGGAACCACAGAUCACCAGUGAGUGGUACUAUGCACGAAGCCCCUUCCUAGCCCGGGACCUUUGGCUGGACAUCUUGGGCUCCCUGUAUGAACUGGAAGACAUCGCCUUCCACCUGGCACUCCGCCGGGCAGAUCUGGAUGCUGCGUGGCCGAUGGUCUCUGAGGCUUUGCCACGGUGUUCCAUCCCAGCCAUUACACACACCCAGGUGGAGAAAACAUCCUCUGAGGUUGGGAAUUCAAAUAGAGAUUGUGGGAGCCACCAAGAAGCCACCCAAGGUCCUGAGACCUCAAAAAGAACCAAGGACCAAGAAGUUGAAGAGUCAACUGCUGAUGGUCCACUCAGGCCUGGGCUGGAACAUUCAGUGGAGAAAUGGGUUGGGGCCUGGAGAAGCAGGAAGAACAGCCUGCUGCAGAUGGGUUCCCUCCUAAAGCUACAUCCCUUUAUGGAAAGGGGUGCCCAGCAUCCAGCUUCUGGCAAGGAGGUGCAGAAGGCGGAUGGUGAAUUAGAAGUCAGAGUGGAGAAGCUGAGUAAAGAGCAGCCAGGCAACAUCUCUUCCAGCCAGGAUCUAUAUUCCCUGCUUCCUCAGCCUGAACACUGCCUCUGUGGAAAGAUGGAGAGGCCUCAACAGGCGGAGGCUGAAAGUGGUGGCGGCAAGCAGAAGGAUUUGAGAACGUUGAUGUGGGAGCUUGGCACUUUGCAGCUAAAGUUGUCCCAGCAGCAAGAGGAGAGCACAUCUCUGAGGCAAGCCCUUUCAGAGGAGAAUCGGGCUCUGAAAGAGGAGCUGGCAAAACAUGAGGAACAACACAAGGAGAAAAUGGCUGAGCAGGAAAAACAGCAGCAGGAGUUGGCCAAGGUUGUAAAGGCCCUCGGACAGGCAGAACACAAGGUUGCCAACCUGACCAGUGAAUGCCGGGAGGCAUGGGCCAAGAAAGACGCUGCCGAGAGAUCUCUGGAAAAGGCAGAACAAAGACUGAGUUCUCAAGAGGCAGAGAGGAGAAAGCAUCUGGCCAACAUUGAGGUCCAAGAACUGAGGCACCAACAGCUGAUCUCUCGAUAUCAGGGGUUGCAGGAGAAACUGAAGGUCUGUGAAGGGAGUCUGGAGAGGUGGGAAACACAAGUAUCAGCCCUGAACAGCCAACAGCGCCUGAUGGAAACAACUGAGGGGCAGUCUGAAGAAACAAGUUGCAGGGAAGAACAUCCAUCCAUGUUGGAGAGGGGUCUCCUGAGAGAAAAAUUAGAGAGGAACCUUGCUGAGAUAAAAGUUCUUGAGAAGGAGAAGGAGAAACAUAUGGAAACUCUGGUGUCUCAGGAGCAAAGCCUGGUGUUUACAAAACUAGAAAUUGAGGGCCUUCAGAAGGAGCUGUCGAUAUAUCAAGGGCACAUUAUUACUCUCCGGAAAACUCUGGAGGAGCAGGAGAAGACUCUGAGGGACAGGGAAGAAGCUGUGCAGGGCUUGCAAAGAGACCUCAAGGACCAAUCAGCCCAGCUACAGGAAGCGCUGGAAAGAAACACUACAUUACAAGCUCAGUUUGCAGAAAUGUCCAGCGAGAAGUUUCAGCUUCAAGCCCAAGUUGCUGAAGGGCAGAGCAGGUUUGAAAGAACUUUGCUGGAACUGAGGAGCCAACAGGGAGCUUUUGAAAAGGAGGUGGCCACACUGCAGGAGGAGAGACAGCAGCUCCAAGCCACUCUGCAACAAGCCCUCAGAGAAAAAGAGGACAUGGCCAAACAAGCAGAGAGCACAGCUGCAGCCCUGGAAGAAAAGGCCCGAGAGACCACACAGAUUAGAGAUGAACUGGGGGAUUUGAAGGCCACUAGCCAAGCAAUACAAAAAGCCUGGCAAAAGGAAAGUGAAAUGGUAGCCUCAGCCUUAAGAGAGGAGCGUCUGCAGCUGAGAAACCGAGUGGAGCAACUGGAGCAGGAAAAAACACAAGCCACUAACGUAGCAAAGAAGCUGAGUGAAGAGUUAGAACAGUGCUGGGAAUGCCCCAUAGAGGAAGGUGCUCCUUCUGUCACUGUGCUAGAUCUAGCUUACGAGGAAGGCAAGGGCCUAGGCAAAGAGAGUGGCAGCAUCGCUGAAGGAAAUGACCAUGGAGUGUCAAGGUCACAGCAGAUGGGCAAAGAGGUCUUCCAAGCUGAUGUGCUGCGAGAUUGGGAAAGACCCAUCAAGAAGGGGACCAGCGCCAAGCAUAGAACUGACGCUCCAGGGAAGUGUCUAACUAUGCACCUCAACAAAAUGACAGGGGAUGUUCAGCAGGCGAAGCAAAUGCUGGUGGCCAAGGAGAGAACAACCAAACGCCUCAUGGAGCAGCUGAGCCGGUCUCAGCAGGAAAAAGAGCAAUUGCAACUUUUGCUGGAGAAAAGCCACCAAGACUCAAAGGAAAUGGAGAAGAAGUACAAAGGGGAGUUGUCGGAACAGGGGGAACUCAUCUGCAAUAUGAAAGGAAAGCUGCUGGAAUUACUACGGCUCUUCAGAUGUAUCUGA